AUGAGGCCGCUACCCAAGGUCAGCCUGAAGCUUCUCAAGAAGCUGCUCUCGCGGCGAAGCACCAACGACGCUUCUUCCUCCUCUAACACAACAACCAUCACCUCAGCCCAUCAACAACAUCAACACCACCACACAAACCCCCCCACCAACGCCACCACCACCGCCAAGAAGCCCGACAUAAAGCAAAAACAGCGCAUCCUCGCCCCCGAGCCCCCAGAAGAAUGUCCCAUAUGCCACGACCCCGUCGGCCUCGCCAACCCCGAGGGCAUAAUCGAGUCCUGGACCUCACUGCACUGCGGCCACCGCUUCGGCACGCACUGCAUCCAGACCUGGCUGCAGGAAUCCAUAAACCGCGACCAAACCGCCAACCCGUCGUGUCCGAUCUGCCGCACGACUGCCAAACACCCGUGCGGCCACCUCAUCUCACCACCGCCCUUCGCCUCGAUGCACCACUACCCCAGCAGUCUCGACUGGACGGCUCCACGGCCCCCUCCUAGCCCGCCGCGCCACCAACAACGCCAGGUCCGCCGCCGCCUCACCCGGCGACCGGGGCAUCCGCUUCGUCCGCCGCCCGCGGAUCUGAAUCGGCGGACUGCGCAGACGGUCGGCGAAUGCCGCACCUGUGCCGAGAACGCGGACUUCGACGCGCGCAUGCAGCGGAUCCGCGAGCGCGGACGCCAGGCUACGGGGGACUCUGGGGUGAGCUCUGGGAGCCGCGGCGCUGCGGCGAUCAAGGCUAUGAUACCCGGGUUGGGGUUGAAGAGAUCGGGGGCGAAUACGUUCCGUGCUACGGUGGUGCAGGUUGGGCUUGAUCCGUUGGAGGGAGGGGGGAGACAGCGGAGUAGUGUUUUCUGUGGCGCGGCGACGAGAGGGAGGAGGGGGACGCCGCCGCCGGGGGGGUUUGGGAGACGGUUGAGUAUUUAG